UCAUUUUACUUCUCUACUAAACAACUGAGAAUCUCUCAUUUCCCUCCGUUUUUCAUCCAUCUAAUUUUACCUUAUACCAAACAAAGGGUAAACAUUUCCAUUUUCCUUCUAUACGACGCCGCUUUGCAUCAUCCCCGUCUUCCUUCUGAUUUCUGGAUGUCAAAUGUAACACACGGUCUGAUUUCAUUUCUUCCAUUUCCCUCCUCCUCUGAAAACCUCUGGAAUCCAUUACCAACUCUCACCCAAAUUGACUACCCUGAGGUGGUGUCGAUAUGGGUGAUAACAAGCGUAAACGAGGCCGGAAGCCCAAAAGCCAAGUCCCCGAAACCCUAGAUUCUCAGACCACAGCCACCUCCCUCUCUGUCAUAGACGACGUUGUGUUCUCCGUCAGCAACGUCGAGCUCAUCGACCCUCCCUCCACCCAUCGCCGCCGCGGACGUCCCCCGAAAAUCCCCAAACACACCGAACAAAACCCCGAAAAAACCCUCAUGAUCUCCCCUACCCGACGCUCCGAAAUUGCCAAUGGCAAUGCUGCCAGUAUGGUUGAGGCUCCGCCGCGGUGGGACAGGGUGGUGCCGGUGAUGGACGCGGUGGUGAAGGUGUUUUGUACCCAUACGGAGCCGAAUUUCUCGCUGCCAUGGCAGAGAAAGAGGCAGUUCAGUUCGAGUAGUAGUGGGUUUGUGAUUUCUGGACGUAGGGUAUUGACGAAUGCGCAUUCGGUGGAGCAUUACACCCAGGUCAAGUUAAAGAAGCGCGGGUCCGAUACCAAGUACUUGGCCACCGUGCUCGCUAUUGGGACUGAAUGUGAUAUUGCAAUGCUUACAGUAGAUAAUGACGACUUCUGGAAAGGUCUGUCACCUUUGGAGUUUGGGGAUUUACCUGCACUUCAAGAUGCAGUGACAGUUGUGGGUUAUCCUAUUGGAGGAGACACAAUUUCUGUAACUAGUGGGGUUGUUUCGCGUAUAGAGAUUCUAUCAUAUGCCCAUGGGUCCGCUGAGCUUCUGGGAUUGCAGAUAGACGCUGCUAUAAACUCAGGAAAUUCUGGUGGACCGGCCUUUAAUGACAAGGGCAACUGUGUUGGUAUUGCAUUUCAGUCUCUUAAACAUGAAGACGUGGAGAAUAUCGGUUAUGUCAUACCAACACCUGUCAUAAUGCACUUCAUCAGUGAUUAUGAGAAGAAUGGAGCAUAUACUGGAUUUCCUAUUCUCAGGGUUGAGUGGCAGAAGAUGGAAAAUCCUGAUUUGCGUGUGUCAAUGGGGAUGAAACCUGAUCAGAAGGGUGUUCGUAUAAGAAGAAUUGAUCCCACUGCGCCAGAAUUUAAGGUUUUGAAGCCAUCAGAUAUUAUCCUCAGCUUUGACGGGGUUGAUAUCGCUAAUGAUGGAACGGUUCCAUUUAGACAGGGAGAGCGCAUAGGUUUCAGCUACCUUGUAUCGAAAAAAUAUACUGGAGAUCAUGCUGCAAUUAAAGUUCUUCGCAAUUCUAUAACUCUCAAAUACGACAUCAAACUUGUGACUCAGAGAAAGUUAAUUCCAGCACACAACAAGGGCAGACCUCCCUCAUAUUACAUCAUUGCAGGACUUGUUUUUACAACUGUAUCUGUUCCAUAUCUUCGUUCUGAGUAUGGAAAGGAUUAUGAAUAUGAAGCUCCGGUCAAGCUGUUGGAUAAACUCUUGCAUGAAAUGCCACAAUCGCCAGAGGAACAGAUUGUUGUGGUUUCUCAGGUGCUUGUGGCGGACAUCAACAUAGGGUAUGAGGAUAUUGUCAACACUCAGGUCCAUGCUUUCAAUGGUCAGCCUGUGAAGAAUCUGAAAGGCUUGGCCAGCAUGGUAGAGAGCUGCAAUGAUGAAUUUUUGAAAUUUGACUUGGAAUACCAACAGAUUGUGGUUCUUCAGACAAAGACAGCAAAAGAAGCAACUGUGGACAUCCUCACUACGCACUGUAUACCUUCUGCCAUGUCUGAUGAUCUCAAGACAUGAUAUAAGAUGAUAAGCGAAUUUGUCGCACAAUAUUUCCAUCUUGCCCCCCCAUUUUGAUUUUCUUACUCCUCCUUGCUCCUCUUUCCUUGAAGUCUGUUUUUGGUCAGUACUAGCCAUUGAUUAUUAGCUCCAGAAAGGUAUGCUUGACAGCAAAUUCUGGUUAGCCAAAUCAAGUAUUGUUUCACUGAAGAGUGUUGGGUAGCUUCAUGGGACUGAUUGUAUUUUCUGUCUGUAAGGAGUUCAAGAGGAAGGGAUGCAUUAAGCUGGUUGGUUAUUUCCAACUUGGAGCCUUAUGACUCUUGAAUACUGAAAUGUGCGGAUUGGACUGGCUCUUCACCAAAAUGAAAGCUGUUCAUUUCAGAUUUUGUUAGUAUAUUUGUUUUUUCCAUAGUAUCCGUUAAAAAACUUGGAUACUGUGUCAAGGGCAUGUUUGGUUGCGGGAUAAAAUAGAGGUGGGAUUGGACAGGAUCGAAUGAGUAUUAAUUCUUAAUAUUGUGUUCUGCUUGUAUGAACGAAGGUGGGAUUAAUUUCACUUUCCUCACCAAUAUAUCAUCUUGAUGGUUGGCAGUUGUGGUGGUGGUGAUGGUUUGGUUGUGGCAUCAG